AUGGCUCCUUCAGCACCUUUCAACCCACCUGCCCCUGAUGCUCCUGGUAAACCAUACGUCGAGCCAUGGAACAUCCCACCAGUUACCAAGCAGACCGAGAACUUUGCUGAACUCACUUCCAUCGACUUGUCCCUCCUCGAUUCCGAAGAUCCCGCGGUCCAAGCAGACCUUGUUAAGCAAGUGAAGAGGGCUAUCCGAGAAGAUGGUUUCUUGUUCCUCGAAAAUUACGGUGUCUCCUUAGAGCAGCUUCAUAGGCAGUUCGCUCUUGCCCAAUAUACCCACACCAAGAUGUCUCAAGAAGACAAAGAUAGACUCUUAUUCCACCCCGAUACUGGUCGAUGGGCUGGUUACAAGCACCCUUACGGAUUCAAACGACACAAGGGACCCGCAGAUGGUAUCGAGCAGUUCAACUGGUACAAAGAGCAAUGGGAGAACCGAGAUUUGGUGCCCGAGUGUCUUCAACCUUUCUUGGAUGAGAUUGAAGCUUUUUCCACCUACUUGACCUACUCCGUCAACAAACGACUUCUAACCCUCUUUUCGAGGGUUCUCGAGCUUCCAGACGAUUGGCUCUGGGAUAAUGUGCAAUCGAAAGGUAGCCCAACUGGAGAAGGUUACUUCCGACAUGCUAUUUUCAGACCAGUGCAGAAGGAGACUCAGGAAGCUUCCAAAGGUCUCCGGAUGCACGGACAUACCGACUUCGGGCUCACCACCCUUCUUUUCUCUGUGCCAAUCUCAUGUCUUCAGAUCUGGGGACAUGACGAGCAAUGGCACUACGUUCCUUACAAGCCCGGAGCUCUCGUAAUCAAUAUCGGUGAAACCCUUGAAAUCGUCUCGGGCGGUCAUUUCAAGGCGACCCGACACCGAGUGUUCAAGCCACCUGUCGACCAGCUCAACUCUGAGCGAUUAUCCAUAGUCCAAUUCAACAGUAGUAUCGGCGAACUCCGAAUGACCCCUGCCGCCGACUCACCCCUCAUCCAACGAGAAGGCUGUGUAGAAGAACAAGGUGUCUACAAGGAGUUCAAGAGACUCAUGGAUGCUGGUGUACCCGUACCAACCAACAGUCAAUGGCGAGAAAUUCAAAUUGCCGAGGCUACCGAUCCCACUGAUACCGUUAGGAACAGUAUCGGUCAAGAUCAAAUCAUGCUCGACGGAAAGCUCUUCCAGAAACGAGAGUAUUUUGGUGUCAAAGUCUUGUUACCUGUAUAA